AUGGCUAAUCCACAGCAACAGCAGCAGCAGCCGCGGAAAUUGUCUCAUCCAAAAUCCUCGGUUCUUUUCCCGUUCGUGAAUAACGAUACGAAGACAAUGAUUGAUGGAAUCAAUAUGCGUCUUAACGAUAUUGACCUGAAACUGUCCUUCAUCCUGGAACUUUUGGCGCGUCGUCUCCCUGAAAAGUUGCCGUCGCAAAUGUUAUCG